AUGUCCGGCGGCCGCGCCCUCCUGCUCGCCGGGCUGCUCCUCGCCGCGGCCCUUUCGGCCUCCCCCGGGCUCGGGUCACCGGUGAAGGAGAAGAGAGGCUGGACCCUGAACAGUGCCGGCUACCUUCUCGGUCCACAUGCCAUUGACAACCACAGAUCGCUUCACGAAAAGCCUGGCCUCGCUGGCAAGCGGGAACUCCCUCCUGAAGACGAGACAAGGCCAGGAGGCUUUGCCGGGUCGCCGGCAGAGAACGCUGCCAUGCGCACGAUCAUAGAGUUUCUGACUUUCUUGCAUCUCAAAGAGGCCGGAGCCCUGGAGGACCUGCCCGACCUGCCCGACCUGCUACCCACGGUUCCUGCAGAGGACGAGCAGCCCUGACGACGCUCGCGGCUCCUCUGUGCCCCGGCGCCUGCG